CAGCAGCCUUGUUUAUCAUAAAACUAUCUGGCAUCGGACAAAUGUCAGAGACUUGAUGGGAAGGAAGACAUCAAAACCUACAGGAGGGGAAAUUAAACGGCAGUAAAAUGCAUUAAAAUAUUUGACUUUAGAGGGAAAAAUUUAGACAAAUUCAUGUGAAAUGAGGCAAUAAAGUAUUUAUUUAUGUAAUUAACACUGCAGUAUCUGACUGCAGAUACAUUUUGAACACAGACAUUUACUAACAGUCUUGCCUGCUCACUGUGACACUUUCAUGUAUUUCUACAGCAGUCAACAAUGAGGCAAACAAUUCCUAUCUGCUGGGAGCGGUUGAUGUCCGUGACCUCUGACCCGAGGAGAGGAGCAGCGGAACAGAGCAUUUAUUUACAGACAGAUAUCCAUCCAUUAUAUAAAGCGUUUUAUCCUUCGAGGGUGGGGAGGGGGCUGGAGCCAAUCCCAGCUGACAUUGGGCAAGAGGCCGGGUUCACCCUGGACAAGUCACCAGCACAUCACAAGGCUGACGAACAGAGACACACAAGCAUUCACACUCACAUUCAUACCACACAGAACACCAGAUCAAUCCCACACACACAUGGGGAGAACAUGCAAACUCCACUCAGAAAGACCUACCGCCAAGCUGGGAAUCAAACCUGUGAACCUUCUUCCCUCCAAACAGAAAGGCCACUAUCGACCGUCAGGUUGGAACUGAACUGCAGUAGAUGUCCUGUGAGUGUAGCUGUGUCUUUAAGGCCUGAGCGGCUUCACUCUCAGCAUCCGUUUGAGUCGAAUUUGUUUAACCAAAUAUGUCAGAGGUGAUUUGACUUGUCUGACCUGCUUCUUUUUAAAAAUUAUUAUCAAAUAAUGAAUAUGUCAGCCACUGCAUAAAACCAUUUGAUAACAAAGUGUAAUAACCAAAGUCUGUAUAACAUUUAAUUGUAUUCUAUAAUAGCCUACUAUAAAAACUAAAUAAAACAAACCACUAAAAAAUUGUAAUUAAAAUCUUGAUAGAAUGUCUAAUGACUUUCCCUGUAAGAGAGAAUAUUUCUAAGUUAUUCUAUAAAUCAGAGGAAGCAUGGCUGUAGUCUUGCUUUGGAUGUUCAUGUUGUAGUUAUGCUUCAGGUUUCAUCUUCUCAGGUUUCCUGCUGCCUUUCAACACUCAGAACAUCCGACUCUCCUGGAUUCACACGCUCUAAAUAUAGCUGCCUUAACGUGAUCGGGACAUCAGGAGUGACUUUAACCUACUGCGAGGGAACAGGGAGAGAUUUCGGUUUUUGUUUAUUCAAUUUCUGCGUCCUCACACCAUUUAGAGGCUUUUUCCUUUUUGACCAGUGUGAGGGUAAGACUGUUGACUUUAUGGACUGACCCUGUGGAUUAAUAAAAGUUGGACUGGUUCACAUCGGGGAACAUGGAAUGAGUCAGCGAUCAGACGUCGUUAUGUCAGUGAAGUAGAGUUGUUGCAGAUCUUUGUCCACGUUGAGGAAAGUUCAACAUUCUGUUCAGCUGCUGGCGAUAAGUUGCUCCAACAGAAAUGAUUUGCCGCUCGUCUCUUUUUGUCGUCGUCAGCCUCUUCGUGUCUCAGUGUCACGGCGGCUGUGCGGAGGUGGACUCUCUGACCGAGGCCGUGGCAGGAGACAGAUUCCUGCUGGGCUGCAUCUCCUGUAAGAAGAGAGAGGAGGUGUCUGCCCAAGCCACCGUGGACUGGCACUUCAAACCAGUGGAAGAGGAGGAGUUCAGGCAUAUCUUCCACUAUGACCACCCCAGUGCUGAGAUCCUGGACCAGGAUUUCAGCGAGCGUCUCGAGUGGCACGGGACUAAAAACAGGGAUAUUCAGACAGGAGCCAUUUACCUUCACAACGUCACCUUCAAUGACACGGGGACGUACCGCUGCACUUUCCACCGCACCCUCUUCCUGGCGAUGACUGACCAGUAUGUCACUGUGGAGAAGGACGUGGAGCUCAGCGUGGUGGCUGUGGCCAAUCGGGAGCUGACGUCUGUGAUCACAGAGAUAAUGAUGUAUGUGCUGAUCGUGGUUCUGCAGCUGUGGCUCAUUGUGGUUCUGGUCUACUGCUACAAGAAGAUCACAGCCGAGCAGGAGGCUCGGGAGGCCCGUAAGGCUAACAAGGCUCAGGCAGGACUGUUGGAAUCUAAAGACAGCUGUGACGGGGUGCAGCUGGAGUAACACUGACAGCUGGAAGAUCAUCUCCUCAAGACUUAAGCUUUUGUUUCUGUUCCGUGACGACGACAACACAACUGCUGCAGGAGGUUGAUUCCUGGUCGUACUCAUGUCAUAGGGGACAAUUAAACCCUUUUUAAAUAGAUUUUUUAAAAGUACUUUAAAAGUGCUAUAAAACGAAUGGUCUUCAGUGAAGAAAUCCAACGAAUUACUAUUUUUAUUGUUUAAAAAUCUGUCAGUUAAUUGAUUAUCCAUUGAUAAUAUAUAAAAAUCUUUUGUAUUUUGGUUCAAUGUCCACACAACAUGACAUAAACUCAAAAUUAGUUAUCUAAUGGCAAUUGAUGCAUUAUCUCUUGAUAGCAUUUCUUUAUGACUCAUGUAGAAUUACUUGCUACUUAACAAAUGUAUAUAAAGAAUAAGAGACAUCCUUGUUUAUCCGUUUGUACCGGAUCACCAGUGUUAUUAGAGACUUUUGUUUAUAGCAGCUGUUUUAAGAUAGAUGGCUUCAGCUUGUUUACAUGUCAAUGCAGCCCAGGACUUUAAAGGAGGAUAUUUUUAAGUAUCAAACAAGAUCUUUAAGUCUUUAACUUUCUCUUAAUUGUCUUAAGCACAGAUGUUUUUUCCUUUAUAUGAUUUUCUAGGUAUCAGGAAUGAGUUCUGGUAAAUUGAAUCCACAUGGAGGCAUUAAGAAAAGUCAGCUCAGCUUCCUGGGAAGGUUGGUGUUUUACACAGGUACCUGAUAGUUAAUGUAAAACCAGUUUGUCUCACGCAGGCCACAAAGUCAUAUAGAGGAAUAAAGGAGGUGGAUAUUGGUGCAUUAAGAAAAUUACAAGAAGAUAUAUUUAGUUGAAUAUUUCUCUUCUACAAAGCACAGGCGAGUGAGUUGAAGGACAUUUGGAGGUGAUCGUGCUGUAACUCAAUCUCGUCUGAGCUGUGCUGCAGACUCCGGUCUGAAAGCAGCUUUGUUCUCCUGCAUCAGCCAGAAAUGACCACACAGCCCAGCUCCGUAGUUUUUACAUAUGAGGGACAAUCCUUCUGAUGACAUACAUUUUUCACAAAGUGAGAUUAAACAUCACAGGGGAGUGAGCCACAAAGGAUGAUGAUCCUCUGAGUUGGAAAUAGUUAAAUAUUCCACAUGCAGUUGUAGAAUAAAUGUAUUGUAGCCAAUGUGACAUGUUUUUUCUUUUGAUUCCCUGCAUGAGGUCUGAUGUAAAUAAAAUAUCUUUGCUCAGUAAACUGAUCAUUGUUGCGGAGCUCCGUGGUUCGAGUCACGCUGCACCGCUGCCUCACGACACCGAGCUGUCGACCUUGCCCUGUGACCUCCUUGUUUCAUUAAACGUGUUGACAUGCAGAACAUGCAGCAUGUCUCCUUCAAGGAGGAAGAAGGGCAGACGCUGUGGGACGAAGAGAACAGGGGUGGAACAUUUUCCCUCAGUGUGGUUUGGGAAACACGGACGAU